AUGCUAGGUACGUUAAGCAACCCCUUUGCCUAUGAUGUUGUGAUUUCAAAAGAUGUACAGGACUUCCCAAGCGCACGAAAAAUUCUAUUCACACUGCUCAUGGAAUGGAGCAAAAAUCUUUCAGACCCCGAGGAUGAUUGUGUUUGUGAUAUUGCUGAAAUGCUAGAAGACCUUGGAGCGAAAUUCGACAUCAUCAAAAUGAUCGCCUAUGAGGAUGGCGCCUCUCCUGGUCGUUGUUACGGUAUGAAAUGCGAUGUUAUUCGGACCACGCUUCAUGAUGUACGGAAGAGACUUACAAAAGACCCAGAAAGCAGAUUUCAAAUGGCAGAAGUGUUGGAUAUGCUCAGCAAGCAUAUUGGAAGACUAUCAAUGAACGGGUAUGACUGUGAAGAUGUGUUUGCGUUUAGAAUGGAUACAAUGAUAGAUGUUGUGGAAUUGAGAUUCCAUGAAAGGAACCCUGAAGAGGAUCCAGAAAAAGAGCGCAAGCAGAUUGAACUGUAUGCCAUGUGGAGCCGUCUUUGUGUGGCUAUGCCUUCUUGUGCAUGUCUACAAUGUGGCAAGAGACUGGUACUGAAUAUUGACAGGUAG